UUUGGAUCAUCUAAAACUGGUCCAAUUUCUGUCAAAUAAAACACUAUAAUGACGAAGCUGAACUAUAAUGAUUACAUAUAAUAAAUUCAACAAGAAUUAUAUUUCUUUUUCAAGUCGAUUGAUUGUCAUAGAGUAAAGAGCAAGAUGUAGAGUUUAUAACAUAGACUUUAUCACUAGCUUUGGAACUAACUGUAAAAUAAAGAUGGAAAUAAAGUAUACAGAACCCACGACAAAAUUAAAUACAAUCUUUACCGAAAUACUUAUAGUAUGUAAAUAUAAUUGCAUGUUAUAUUUUUCUUAAGUGCUAUAAUUAAAAAACAAAUAGUAAAUUGUAUGGCAUUUUUGUAUAGUAUACAGGAUUAAAAUUAUAAUAUUAAUUUGAAUAUAAUUCGCAACAUUAUAAUGUGAUGUAUUCACGUGUUAAAUAACUUUUGGAGUCUUGAAAAUGUGCAUUAUAUUCAAUACUAGCUGCGCCCCGCGGUUUCACCCGCAUUGCUCCGCUCCUGUUGGUCUUAGCGCGAAUCCGAUUCAGACCAGUAGUUCCUGAGAUAAGCGCGUUCAAACAAACAAACUCUUCAGCUUUAUUAUAUUAGUGUAGAUUCUGUGAAACAAAAAAAAAAUGCUUGUUAUAUAAACUGGAUAAAUCAGUGUCUCAAUACUUACUAUUCCAAUGAUUCUCCAUAUAAAGGAUGGAGGUCGGAUAAGGAACUUAAUUUAAUCAAAAGUUUAAUUACACUUGGCAAUUGUAAUAAAAAUAUGCAAUUUAUGUCAUAAUUGAACUAACAUAACCAAGGUAUGAUUAAUGAUAUCAACUGCGGUCUGCGAGUAAUAUAAAAAUUUAUGUCGUAACAAUCUGGUACUGUAAACAUAGUAAUUGUAUUCUAUUACAACAAACCUUAGACACACUCAAACUGACUCAAAAAAAAAUUCAUCCAAUUUGUCUUCUUCACAAUAAAACGAAAGAUAGUGCUAUCAUUCCACAUCCUGUAUAUUGUUUGUAAUUAACUCAUCAAUUACGCUAAUAGCUUAAUUACAGCCCUUUAUUACAUCAGUUAAACACUUUAUUUAACGUUCACUACUUCAUACAAGAUGGAUACCGAACCUACGUUAAACAAUCUUCUGAAAAAACUUAACUCAAUAUAUUUUGUUCUAGGUCUUUCAUAUGAUAGUGUUAAGGCUACGCGAAAAGAGAAACUAAUACAACGAUUUAUAUAUAUUUUGAACUUUUUUUGGCUUAAUUCUGAUGUACUAGGGGCUGUGUGCUGGUUUAUAAAUGGAGUUUUAAACGGAAAAUCCUUUGUAGAACUCACGUAUGUCGCUCCUUGCGUUACAUUCAGUUUCUUUGCGAAUAUCAAAGCAUAUACUUUAAUACAUUAUGAAGCUUUUGUAAGCGAAUUAAUAAACUCACUGAGGUCGUUAGAAGAGAUAGAAAAUACAAGAGCGAGAACGAAGGAAAGAGAUGAAAUUAUUGGUAAAGAUGUAAAAUUCUUGAACGCAGUGAUAAAUGUAUCGAAUAUUCUUAAUUUUGGGCUCAUUAUAACAUUUUUUACGAGUCCUUUGAUUCUGAUCGUUGUGAAGUAUUUGAAGACGAAUCAUUGGGAUCUUUUGCUCCCGUUUUUGAUUAUUUAUCCCUUUGAUUCUCAUGACAUAAAAUAUUGGCCGUUUGUGUACUUACAUCAGCUGUGGUCAGAGUCCAUAGUAGUCUUAAACAUUUGUAGCACAGAUUAUCUUCUCUACAUUUGCUGUAUGUUCAUACGAGUACAAUUCCGACUCUUACAAUACGAUUUUAAAAGAAUUAUGGAAGAUAAUAAUGUUCUUUUCAACAAUGAAGCAUUUACAAGAGAGUUUGUAGAACUCGUGAAAUGGCAUCAGGAAUUAAUACGGUUAUCAGCAAUAUUGGAGAAAGUGUACGCAAAGUCGACUCUAUUCAAUUUUGUGGCGAGCUCCAUUCUUCUGUGUCUGACUGGAUUUAAUGUUAUGGCCAUGGAAGAUAAGACUCUGGCGUGCACUUUUCUAGUGUUCCUGUCAGCGAGCUUGCUGCAAAUAUUCUUCGUGUGUUUCUUCGGGGAUUUGCUUAUGAAAUCUAGCACAGAUGUCAGCUACGCGAUAUAUGAGAGCAAAUGGUACCUGGCUAACUCAUCGGCUGAAAAGAAUUUACACAUCGUACAAACAAGAGCUCAGAAGCCUUGCAAGUUAACGGCGUUUGGUUUUGCUGACGUCAAUUUAAGAGCUUUUAUGAGCAUUUUAAGCACAGCCUGGUCGUAUUUUGCUCUACUGAAGACACUAUACAAUCCAAAUAAAGCUUAA